AUGGGUUCCCUACUACCCACGACGAUUCGCAUCGAUGCUUCGUUGUUGAAUGGGCAUCAUCUGUCUUCAACAGCAAGCUUUUUGCUACUCUCAUCGCUGCUUUUGGGGAUACUGUCACAAGUCCUGAGCCGGAGACUGAAAGUACCUACGCCGCUUUCGGAAGAGGUGUCCGAUAUUCUCAACAGAAAACGGUCAUACGGGGCAAACGCCAGGAAAUUACUCGACAAGUACUAUGAGCGGUUCAAAAGCAAGCCUUUUGGAAUCGACACCAUGGAUGGUGUCAAAGUCGUCUUGCCCCUUGCAAGUGUCGAUGAGCUGAAGAGUCACCCGGCAUUGAGCUUCAAAGCCUCGAUCGACAAUGCAUUGGAGGUGUCGACGCUUGGGGGGAGCGCAAUUCUAACCAAGGCAAAAGGUGCUUACGUUCCUGUCUUCCAUGGAAUGAUCCAAGAACACCUUCCGAAAUUUCUUGGAUCUCCGACAGAUUGGACACCAGUAAAACCCUAUCAGCACUUCUUCGAGCUUGUGGCGAUCCUGUCUGCGAGAAUCAUGCAUAGCGAUGAAGCAGCCCGAAAUCCCGCAUGGACCAAUCUCUCAAUGUCAUUCGUACACACUGCAAUCGAAUACGGCUCGGCUCUCAAGCAGUGGCCUCCUUUCCUGCGUCCGUUCGUCACCUACUUCCUCCCGGAACGCCUAGAGAAGGAGAAACAAUGGGCCAAAGGGCGCGAAAUCGUCGCAAAGUCCAUGGCCAGGAAAAGUGCCUUGGGUGGUGCACCUCUGGAGAACCCUCCCACCAUGCUCGAUCACCUGUCUAGCGGGGAACACGCAGAUAAGGCCGGUGAUCUGGACCUACAACUCUUGCUGCAGAUGACUCUCGCCGUGGCGAGCAUCCACACAACCUCGUCUUCCAUGGUCCAAGUUUUGUACGAUCUUGCCGCAUGCCCUGAGUACACCGAGGAGCUUCGUCAGGAGGUGGUGGAGGUUUUGGAGAGUUCUGGUGGCAUCUUUACCAAGCAGUCACUUGCUAAGAUGAAGAAACUUGACAGCUGGAUGAAGGAGAGUUUGAGAAUGAAUGCACCUGAUCUGACUACCUUCCAGCGCAUGGCCACGAAGCCUGUGACCCUGAAAGACGGAACUUACAUCCCUGCCGGUACGAAGAUGGAACUACCAACCAGCGCUAUCAACUUUGACGCUUCCAUCUACCCCGAUCCGCAUAAGUUCGAUGGCAUGCGGUCGUACCGUCAACGCCAGCAAGACGGGAUGGCACACAAGCACUCAUUUGUCAGCGUCACUCGUACGGAACUUGGUUGGGGUUUCGGCAGGCAUGCGUGCCCGGGCAGAUUCCUUUCCGAUGUCGAAAUUAAGCUCAUGUUUGCGGAGUUCCUUCUAAACUAUGAGAUCAAGAACUUAGAUGGACAGCCCCGAUCCAAGAAUGUGGAAUUUGGAGUGAACGUGCUCCCAGAUCCGGAGCAUCAGGUUUUGAUUCGAGCACGGAAAGUCUGA